AUGGCAACUACUAUAGAUCCAACUGAUUACGUUGAAGUUGAAAAUGGUACUUUAGCAUUUUCCGACCCAAAACAACAAGCCAAGUUUGAACUCGGUGUGUGCAUGGCGAUAUACAAAUGGGAAGAAUUGACAACAGCCGUGGAUAAUCUCUGGGGAGGUCCCAAAUCGGCCGAGAAGAGAGAUUGGAUAUCUGGUAUAAUCAUUGACUUGUUUGCUGAAUCUAAAAUUGUGGAUAUACAACUCAUUGAAGAAACAUUGUUGUACGCUAUGGUUGAUGAAUUUGAUACGCAAAUUGACAACGAUUCCGCAUUGGAGAUAGGAAACUUGAUUGUAAAGCUAUAUAGAGAUGCAGCACAAGAGAAAUAUGGUUUGAUUGAUGAGAUGUACGAAAAAUGGCAAGCAAAACAAAACACUAAGAAUUUCCACAAAGUACAUGUUGAAGAUGAUCCUAAUAAUCCUGAUGUAAGCAGUGACGAAAAAGAAGAAGAAGAUGAUGAUGGAGAGGAGGAAGAAAUACAAGAUGACAACAUGAUGGAAAUUGACGAACCAGAACAACCACGCCAACAGAAUGCCCCAAUUGUUGACGACGAUGGGUUUGAGUUGGUUCAAAGCAAAGGAAGGAGAAGAUAA